AUGUCGAAUUACAAAAGCACUGAGUCAGCAUUGAAGAACCUUGAGACCCAGAAUCCCAAAGAAGAAUGCAAUGUUGUGAUGACAAGAAACAAGAAGCCUGUGGCAGUUGAGGAUGAGGGUAUUGUGGCCUUGAAAGAACAAACUGUUGUAAAGGACAGUACUGGGAAAACGAACGAGGAGGAAAAUAUCGUUGUGGAGGGCAACUGCAGUGCUGUGAUACAGAAGAUCCUUCCACCAAAACACAAGGACCCUGGAAGUGUGACUAUUCCUUGUUCAAUAGGUGAAGUCACAGUGGGGAAGGCUCUCAUUGACUUGGGAGCCAGCAUCAACUUAAUGUCACUUUCCAUGUGUAGAAGGUUAGGAGAGUUGGAAAUCAUGCCCACCAGAAUGACUUUACAGCUUGCUGACCGAUCCAUCACAAGGCCUUAUGGGGUAAUUGAAGACGUCCUGAUAAGAGUUAAGCAGAUGGUCUUUCCAGCUGACUUUGUGGUCAUGGAUGUAGAUGAAGACCAUGAGGUUCCCAUCAUUUUGGGAUGCCCCUUUAUGUUAACUGCAAGCUGUGUAGUUGACAUAGGAAGAAAGAAACUGGAAAUGGGUUUUGAAGAUCAGAGGAUCAAUUUUGAUCUAUUUGAAGAAGACAAGCCUGUACCAAAUCAGAAUGUCUACUUGCAGGUGAUGGAGGGUGAUAAGGAGGUUCUAAAGUUAAAGGACAAAGUGGAUAUCAACCAUUGA